CCAGAAUUCUCCCAGACGUCGUUCCAGACUACUAAAGUUCCAGUCGUCUUCUCAAUCGGCGGUUCAGUCCGGCGGUGGGGAAACGACAACUCCGGCAGUGUAGUCCGGCGGUGGGGAAUCGGCGGCGUAGUUUUCUCAAUUUGCUAUUUCAGAUAUUGGGGAAACUGUAUAAUCGUCCUUUGCUCUUACUGGAUUUUUAUAGUGGUUCAUGUUCGAUUGAUUUGUUCUUCCCCCUUUCUCCUUUUGGCCGCAAUUAAGAGGAACUGAAUGGAUGAACGAAUGAACUCCAUUUUGAUGCAUUUGUAUCGUUACCAUUUAUUGUAAUUUUCAGAAUUAAUUGGUCUGCAGGGGAAGAAGCAGCCUGAGAUUCGUUUAUUGCAGGGGAAGAACACAUGGAAUUGAUCUGCAGAAGACGGAGAGUUCUCUGCAGAUAUGUUUCUGUUACACAAUAAUUAGAAACAGAAAAAUCAAAACCACAUAAAUUGUAUGUAGUGUAACUGGUGUGGACUCUCAUUUAUAAACAUGUGGUCUUGGGUUCGAGUUGCAUCACUGCCUUAUACUUUUGAAGUUGUUUUUUAUUGCCAACCCCACUAAUCUACUGUUUGCGAAAUCAAUAUUUCUGACUAAUUAUUUCUAACGAAUUCAUAUUAAC